UCGUCGUCAACUCACUGCUCCUCUCUUUCUCUGUUCACUGACUCUGAUGGCUUUUGCUCCUUAUUUGGUUGCAGUUCCAAUCGAUACCUCAAAGCACGCAAAAACUUCAAUUCUCCCUUUUUCUUCUUCUUCUCCUUCUUCGUCUAUUGAGUCUCUGUCUUCGUUAGCUUUCAGUUCUUCUCUGUUUUCUAAAACUCGAAAUGUUCCCAGAAUUCGUAGAAUCAGACCCAAAGCAAAGGCUAAGCCCGAAGAAUCUGAAGUGAACUUGGCAGCAGAUGCAUUUACUCAUUUCAAACAUCUGCUUCUGCCAAUAGCUGACAGGAAUCCUUAUCUUUCGGAAGGAACAAGACAGCAGGCAGCUGCAACAACUGCUGCUUUGGCAAAGAAGUAUGAGGCUGACAUUACUGUUGUGGUUAUUGAUGAAAAACAGAAAGAGGCUUUGCCAGAGCAUGAAACUCAAUUGGCUAGCAUUCGCUGGCAUCUCUCUGAAGGUGGAUUUCAGGAAUUCAAGUUGUUGGAGCGACUUGGGGAAGGAAGCAAGCCUACUGCUAUCAUUGGUGAAGUUGCUGAUGACCUGAAUUUGGAUCUAGUGGUUAUGAGCAUGGAAGCCAUCCAUUCCAAGCAUGUGGAUGCAAAUCUGCUGGCUGAGUUCAUCCCUUGUCCUGUCCUACUUUUACCAUUAUAAGACGUGUAGUCCUUUGAGAUUGAACUCAACUGUGGUGCAAAUGCCAGUUUUCUCCUAGGCUUUUGUGAUCUAUUUAGUUUGUUUAAGCUAUGCUAAUGAUUUGCUUAUUUAUGAAAGUGCUUGUCAGAUUACAAGAGCUGGGGAAUGGCAGACAUGGCAUUAUCCAUGAAUGAUUGAACUUAGCAUAACCUAGAAGUGCCAGAUUGAUAAUAAUAUUAAAACGAAGUUGCAUUUGUAUUUACAUAAAUAGAAUGUUGGAUCCUUAUCCCAUUGAAGCAUAUAUACAACCUAAUCACAGCAGAUGAGAGAGGAAGAUUUGAAGUACCGCUAAUCUUUGAUGGAGGAAUAUUUUGUGGGGAGCAACUUUUUGACAUUGUCCGUAGAAAUAGUAUUUUGCUCUUUCAGAGAUCCAGCCGUAACUGGGUGGCAUGUAGUAUGGGUUGGUGCGCAAGCAAGUCUGAGGGAAAGACCUGUUCUAAGUUAGUUGAAUAAAAGAAAUGGUCCAAGGCAGCCUGGAAGGGCUGUACCAUACACUUUGCUGACCUGUUAAAUAUGUAGGAAACUCGGGCAGCGUUAGGUGGGUUCUUUAAAUAGAUCUCUAUUUUACACCUCUACGAAAUAUGUGGAAUUGAAUUUGACUGGCGCCAGAAUUGUGAAUGGUUCAUGGAUCUGCCUCUAAGCAAUCAUUCCUUGUCUUCUUGAAUCCUCUGCUCUAUCUACUUCUACAACAACAGCUUUAGUUUGUUCUUGAAACCACUAGUAUCUAAAUUCUCAUGGGAAAGUUGAAAUG